GAGGCGGUCCCUCGCUGGAAGCGGCGCGGUCGGGCGCAGGGCUGCCCUUGGGAGAGGCGUCGCUCAGUCAUGGCGCCCCGCGCGUUCCCUUUGGUCAAGUGGAUGGCCAAAGGAGGCUUGGCUGGCGGUGCCCUUUACGUGGUUUACUCCCAGGGGCUGCUGAGCGGCAGUGAUCAGGGUGCCCGAGCUCUCGGUAAAGUCAAAGCAGCUGUUCCUCCAGCUGUGGAAGAAUGGACAACGUAUUUCGGCUGGCAGCUUCCAGCGGUUCCAAAAACGGAAUUUUCCCUCUGCAGUGCCUGGAAUUCAGGGGUUCGUACUGUCAUAAACGCUCUUUCAGUAGCCCCCACCAAGGGCUGUGACCUCACACAGCAAGGAUGGAAAUACAUCAAGGACCUUGUGAAAUGAAACCAGCUGAAGCAGUUUUGCGUUCUCUUGCCAUCUAGCAGGAAUAUCUCGGUACUCCUUUGCAGAGAACAGCCCUGUUUCCAUCAGGGUUAUAAAAGAGCCACCAGAGAGGCUAAUUGUUCAUCAAACUGUCUGGGCUCUCACUUUCUCUCUUUGUGAAAGUCAACGUGAGUUUGGGAUAAAGUGGUUGGGUCCCAUCUCUUGACCAUGUUAACAAAUUAAAGUUGGAAUGUAUGGAUUUGCGA